AACCCAACUUUCUUUCACUCUGAUUCUUGAAUCUGGAGACGGAGAAGGGAAAAGGAAAAAGGAGUGUGGGAGAUGGAGUGGCUAGGGUUUAUGGAACCCGUGCCUGACGACGUCGUAGAAGACAAGUCCCACAGCUUCAAGCUGGUGCCAUGGAUGAGCUGGGAUGAAUGGAAGUUUGUGAGGGAGUCCCUUUUCUCUUCCUCUCCUGAUUCCGUUGCUUCUGCGCUCCAAAGGAUAUCCACGUGGAGGAGCAGAGGAUGCACCGCUAUGGCGAUUGAAGUUACUGCUUCCAUUGUAGAAACUCAGCAGCAAGAUCCUUUCUUUAGAAAUGACUUGAAUGAAAGUGCUUCACAGUCUGAGGAAAUGCUGGCCAUGCUCUACUGCAUGGCGAUUAUGAGGCUUGUAAAUGGUGUGGUUGAGAAGACCCGGAAGAAAAAUGAAAUUUCAAUAGGCGAAGCAGCUGAUGCCAUUGGCAUUCCAAGAAUGCUCAUUGAUAUUCGUCAUGAGGGUUCUCACCGUGAUCUUCCUUCUCUUCAACUGGUUCGUCUUGCAUCAAAAAAGGCACUUGAUUGGUUGGUAUCAUAUUACUGGAAACCCCAAGAAGAGGCAAUUCCUACUCAAAGCAACCAAGCUGCUAAGCUCAGGAAAGAAAUCAAGCGCAGACUACGGGAAGUCGCACUUUGUCUGAAAACAAAACAAAUGGCAAAAUCUAGUUCUUCACAUGUCAAGGGAAAACGUGUUAGACAAACGGAACACCUAUAUGGACGUAGCAAGCUUCUAUUUCUUAUGGCUGGGAAGACAUCACAUUCUACUAACCUUGCAGGUUCUAAGAAGCAGCUUGCCAAAUCAUUGAAAAACAUCCUACGGUUGUAUUCUUCUCUUUCUCCAGAAGUAGUCAAUGUUCUCUUAGAAUACUUGUUGAGUUCAUUAGGCUCAUCCAACUUAGCAGAGCACCUGGAGGAUUCGCAAAUUGUCAAUGAAAAUAAGCAAACUGCAUUUGAUGAUUGGAAAUCUGUCGUCUUGAAAUUGUCAAGAAAAGAACCAGAAUUUCUUUUAACACUCACUCAGGCAGUUCUUGAAAAGAUGGAGAAUCAUGAGGCCAAUUAUGGAAUAGAUGGCCAUCAAUCUCCUGAGAAUUCCACCAACACUCACCGAUUUGAAUCACUGUCAUAUUUGUUUGAGUGGCUUACCGGAAAUCUGAAGACACUCUAUCCUGUUCGACAAAAAGAAUCGGCAGAAAGCAAAGAUUCUAAGACAGAGAAGCAUCUGCAGAAGGCAACUGUACUAGGAUUUCUGCGCAGAUGCCUUUUGGUGUCCCCUCCUGGCAACAGGAAGCUAAUGGGUGCAGCCCUUACUCUUGCGCAGCAGACUGGAGAUAGGUCUCUACUCCAUAAGCUAAAGAAGCUUGCUUUACUGGAUCUGUCAACUUCAGAAGCAAACUCUGUCUACUCUUCUAAUGAGACCAUUCUUUCCGGAGAAGAAUACUCCAUUCGGCAGGCUGAAGAGAAGUUUGAGUUAAUCAGACAAUUCCGGAUGCAGAGCAAACAUAUAAAACCAAAACAAUCUGCGAUGGAAACUAAGAGCAAAUGGGCUGUGGCAAAAUCAUGGAAUCCAUGCCCCAUUGGCAUGCUACCUCAUACAGUUGGCUUUUCUGGUCGACUUCCAGUUCUUGACCGCGUUAAUGAGUGCACAGAAGCAGCAACAUUAUCAGAUAGCAAAGAAAAUCGCCAACUGAAUCGAUGUGGCAAAAGAGACGCUGAGACUGACAUUGAGGAAAAGGCUAACACAUCUGUUAAGAAAAUGAAGGAAACUGAAGAAGAUCAUGUGCCACAUUAUCAGGGUGAUAUCAGCUCACAAGGUGUUAAAGGUCAUCUGAUGAUUGAUGGGGUGUGGAAGGAAGUUGGAGAGGAAGAGUUGCUCGCCCUUACAUCAGCUGUAAGAUUACUAGUUUAACAAUUUCAACUAGUAUACUUAAACUUAUAAUGCAAACUUAGUCAAUAUUGUUGAAAAGAAGAUGAGAGCGACACUAUAGAUCUAUGAGAAUUGAAAGUAAAGCAGAUUGUGAGUCUUAAGGGAAGGAGGGACAUUAUCAGUUCAGAAGUUGGUUUAAAACCAUUCGUCAUACCUGGGGUGUGAAAGAGUUGGAGACGGAACGAUACUUGCCCUUUUAUCAGCUGUAAGUUCGUUGUACCUUGAUCAACUAAUGGUUCACUUGUAGGGCGGCCAUGAAUUUUGUCUUACGCAACUGCAGGUGAAUGCAGUGGAGAAAGAAACUAAUCAGACAAACACUGCCAGCAGUUGUAUUAGUCACACUUAUUGGAUAAAAUUUCUUCUUAUGUAUGUAUUUUGGCUACCGACUUCUGUGACCUUUUGGCUUCUAAACCAAGAGAGAGGGAGAGGGAGAGAGCGAAUGAGAGUGGAUAUUGUUCAAUUAGUACAUGUUUCUUGGUGUAAAACCAAUCUUUAAGCUGAUUACAUAAAGAUUCAUCUUUCUCACUUUUUGCCUA